AUGCACCGGGAUCCGUUGAUAGCUGCCAAAAUUGCUACACUUUUUCUGAUUACUUCAGUUACCUUUAUUUGUGUAGCGGAUGUUCAAAUUGUAGCUUAUCUCUUAGGGAUAUUGAUUUGCGUUUUCCUAAUACCGAAAAUUCACUACCAGUUUGUCGAUCGACGCCGCCGUAGUGGUAAUGUUUUGGCGGAGCGUAAGAAAUCGGAUGUUUCUGGGUCAUGUAUGUCGUCCCUCAGUAAAAACAAUGUUCAUCCGUCCCCAAAGCAUGUUCAACAGGGAGAUGCGAAAGUGAUGAGCCGUUUUAUAUUUGUUCUUGUUGCCUGUGGGUUCUUUUUGUACUACGGCUUAUGGUACUUUCGUAAAAGGAGGUUUCAAGCUACAAUGAACGCUAUCGAAGAACCGAUAGACUGGGAAGAAUUCGUUUCAAGAUUUUUAUUGAAAGAUACGUAUAAGCUUCCUGACUAUGUGCUGCGCCCGGAUCUAAGGGUCUGGUUCGGAGGGACUGCAGAAGAAUUAAAAACUUCUCUAGAAGAUAUUCUUUUAGAUGCUGGGUACGCAAGCAGAUGUCAGCAGGGCUUGACAGGGAAGAGCAAACCAAACGCCGCAGAAACUCAAAAUUUUACAAGAAAUCCUGUUUUCAAUUUCCCUGUUCAUCGUAAUCCCGUAAAUAGGAUAAAUCAUUUGCUAGCUAGACAGUCCCUGUAG